UAUCGGAAAAGGAAAGUAGGACACGCACUUUCUUGCCGGCUAUCCUGUUCAAAAGGCAUAGUAUGAUAAAGAAAAACGACUAAAAACCUUAUUCUAUAAUGGAGAUUGGUAAUUCUAUCUCAGUUUGUAUCUGUUCUCUGGGAGUCCUGUUUUUGUGGUUCAGCAUCGAUAUUCUCACGGUCUCUGGAGAUGACAUUUUGGUGAAAACAAAUACAUCCUCUGGAUUUCAGUUCUCUGUUUAUGAUAGUAGGAUCCUUCCGAAGGAGCAGACAUUUGGAAACCUUACUGGAAUUUCAAAUACCGUUAAUCUAUGGAAUGACGAAUAUGUUUAUCUUAAAGAAAAGAAAAUUUAUAGAGGAACAUUAACUAAAAAUUCAUCAAUUUCGGCUACAUUGAUUUUUGACUUUGGAAAAAUAACAAGAAUUUCAGUUGAUAGUUUUCAAAAAAAUGUAUAUUUCUACGAGGAAACCUUAAAGAUGAUAGGCGUCACCCCAGUGAAUUCUUCCCCUGGAGAUUUGAUAUAUCGAGUUAUAGUCUCCCAAAUUGAAAAGUUGGAGAGUUUUGCAGUGGAAUCUUUUCACAGGUACGAUAUUUCUUUAUUUUUGGAUAAAUACCUUUAUGUGUCUACGUUUAUGUCACUUGGAUGUGAAAGUAGGACGGAUCCACUAAAGACUUUGGGAGGUUUCUACUAG